AUGUCUGGCCGGUACGUACGUGUCCGCCCCGUGGACGAUGAAGACGACGCUUCCGUCUCGUCCCGGUCGUCAGACUCGGAUACUGACGAUUACUUCUCGCAAUUCGAUGAUGACGAGGACUAUCAGGAAACGUCCGAGAGUGACAGAAGUGGGGCCGAAGAGGAGAUCAUUGCGCCGCCAGGAGUGGCAAGCGCAAGCGGAAGUGACCAAAACUCGCCCGGGGUCAACGCUGAUGCUAAUGGAGGAGAAACUUUGAAGGCGGUUGGCGACACCGAACAUGACCAAGGCAAUCAUCGCAAUCCACCAACGGACCUGGAGUCCAGGAUCACCCAGAUGGAAAAGACGCUGGCGACCAUCGCAGCCGCGUUAGACAGCCCUCGUCCAACAGAGCAAUGCGUCCUCCCAGGCGCACCACUGCAACCGCCGGCAAGUCCCGUCGUGCCAGCUGACGCAGGCCGUUCGAGGGCCCCGCAGGGAGCGCCUAUCAGUCUGGAACACAUUCCAAAGUUUCCGGACAACGUGCCAGCCAGCAAAAUGUGGGCUGAACUCUUCACAUACCUCGACCAGUUCAACAUGGCACUGUCGCUGAACAAUGUGGAGGAGCCAAGGAAGAAGACUGAGCUGCUGUACCUGGCGUUGGGAUCACAAACCCAAGAAGUGAUCAGGGCGGCGGGUCUCCGCCCGAGUAAUUAUGAUGAUCCGAAUUGCUACAACACGUUCGUGGCUGAAAUCGAGGCUUACUUUAAGUCUAUGACUGACCCUACCGCUGAACUGCUGGAAUUCAGUUCCCUGAAGCAAAGACCAGGCGAGUCUACAAUACAGUUUUUCUCAAGAGUGACGGCUCGUGCCCGGCUUUGUGGUCACUCUGCCGACGAGGAGAAGCGUUACGUUCGAGUGCAGCUGCUUAAAGGAAUGACCAACCAGGAACUUGCUGGUCAAGCCAGGACGCUGGGUUACGCGACAGAGCUUGUACUGCAAGCGGCUACCAGGAGCGAAGCCUUCGCAGCCACGCCGACGGCUGGGCCAUCUAACGCUGUUAUGGAGGUCAAAGGAAGCAAGCGUCCAGGACACCGAAGCUCGGACAGAUCUAGCAGUGGAAAGGGCGAUCGAGGUGGAAAGGGCGAUCGUGGUGGAAAGUACGAACGCGGUGGGGGGAACGAUCGAGGUCGGCCGCCCCCGGCCAAGCGAUAUCGCAACAUGAAGUUCGAAGCAAUUCCGAAGUGCUCCCGGUGCGGCCGUCGUAAUCACAACGGUCUGGGGUGCCCGGCAAUUGGACGCAAGUGCAUCAAAUGUGGACAGCCGGAUCACUUCGCAGUCGUCUGCCGGGAGAAGGAAAUCAGCAACGUCGAUGACGAUGUCGACGCAAACAAAGAACAGAAAGAAGAGAUGGUCAACACCCUGACCAUGGAAGAUGUGUUGGUUGAUUGCCAGAUCGGCUCAUCCAGACCAAUCCGGUUCCUAAUAGACACGGGAGCCGACGCAAACAUCAUCGGUGGCAAAGACUGGCUUGAGUUACAGAGCGAUUCGGAAAAGGGACUGGUUGUGUUCAACGGGUUGAAGACGACGGGCUGGACAAGCUUGCGAGCGUACGCCGCAGAGAACCCCCUGAAGGUCGAAUGUCGGUUCCGCGCGACCAUUUCUACCUGUGACCGUGAUAAUAACACCCAGGCUGAAGCCGAAUUUGUCGUGGUGCCAAGAGGACAGCGUUCGCUCGUGGGGCGAAGCACCGCAGCUGACCUAUCCUUGUUAAGAAUCGCGCCAACUGUGAACGCUUGUGAAUCUGCUUGCUCGGAAGGUAUCUUCCCGAAAAUGCCAGGUGUGAAAGUCAGAUUCAGUUUGGACGAGUCGGUACCGCCUGAGAGGAACGCAUACUACAACGUUCCGGCAGCGUUUCGCGACGCGGCAAGAUUAAGGCUGCAGGAGAUGGAAAACCGUGGGAUCAUCGAAAAGGUCACCACCGCGCCGAACUGGAUAAGCGGCAUGUCCGCCGUUGCUAAAGGGAAGGAUGACUUCCGUCUUGUGGUCAACAUGAAGGGCCCCAAUAAGGUCAUCAAGCGGGAGUAUUUCCGACUUCCCCUGAUCCAGGAAAUGAAGUCCAAACUAAGCGGAGCUAAAGUCUUCACGAAGCUUGAUCUGACCAGCGCCUUUUAUCAUCUCGAGUUGGCCAAGGAGUCCAGGGACCUAACCACUUUUCUGUCGGAAUGUGGGAUGUACAGAUUCACUCGUUUGAUGUUUGGCGUCAACUGCGCCCCGGAGGUUUUCCAGCGUGAAAUGAUGCGGAUUUUCAAAGAGAUUUGCAACGUAAUUAUCUAUAUCGACGAUAUUUUGAUUUACGGCGAGAGUCUGGAGGAGCUUCACAAGACGGUUUCGGAGGUGCUUCGAGUGCUAAGGGCGAACAACUUGACUCUCAACGAGGCCAAGUGCGAAUUUGAUAAGGUGCGUGUGAAGUUCUUGGGUCAUGAGUUGGACGAAAAUGGCUUUCACAUUGAUGAGGCCAAGAUCAAGCACAUCAACCAGUUCCGUCAGCCAAAAACCUCAUCUGAGCUCCGAAGCUUCCUUGGUCUAGCCUCGUUUGUUAGCCCUUACAUUCAAAACUUCGCUGAAUUGACAAGCUCGCUGUGGAAGGUCGCGACAACGAAGACCUGGAAGUGGGAAGCGGAGCAAUCUGCGGCUUUUGAGGCAACGAAAUCGCGCAUCGCCGACUGUACGCUAGCGCUGGGCUACUUUUGCGAAUCGGACAGAACCGUUCUCUACACGGACGCAUCCCCGGUAGCGCUUGGGGCGGUUUUAGUGCAGGAGAAUUCGGAACGAACCCCACGGAUCAUCAGUUUUGCAUCGAAAGCGUUGACGCCAGCAGAAAGACGAUACGCCCAGAAUCAACGAGAAGCAUUGGGCGCGGUCUGA